GGCACAGGGCUGGGUGACACAGCUGGCACAGGAGCUAGAUGGCGUGGAAGGGAAUGUUGUUGCUAGCAGGCUUCCUUCUGCCUGGGUUCCUGCUCCCAGAGGCCACCAAAAUUCUGACUGCCUCCUCACUGGGUGGAAGCCAUUAUCUAUUGCUGGACCGGGUAUCUCAGAUUCUUCAAGAUCAUGGUCAUAAUGUCACCAUGCUUCUUUAUGGAGAAGAAUUUUUAAUCCCAGAAAAGAAUGAAAUUUCAUACAAAGUUAUCAGUUGGCUUCCGCCUGAAGAUCAUAGAAAAGAUUUUAAUAACACUUUUGAUUUCUUUGUGACAGAAGCUUUGCAUGGCAGAGGAACAUUCGACCACUUUGUAAAGUUAAUGGGACAACUGGGGAUUCGAUGCAGUGACUUGCUAAGGAGAGGAGAUAUCAUGGACUUCUUAAAAAAUGAGAACUUUGACCUAGUAUUUGUUGAAGCAUUUGACUUCUGUUCUUUCCUGGUUGCUGAGAAGCUUGGGAAGCAGUUUGUGUCAAUUCUUCCCACCCAGUUUGGCAGUGUGGACCAUGGGCUACCAAUCCCCGUGUCUUAUAUUCCAGUAUUCCGUUCCUGGCUAACCAACCACAUGGACUUCUGGGGCAGAGUGAAGAAUUUUCUGAUGUUCUUUGAUUUCUCCAUGAAGCAAUGGCGAAUCCAGUCUACGUUUGACAACACCAUCAAGGAACAUUUCCCAGAAGGUUCUAGGCCGGUUUUGUCUCAUCUUCUAAAGAAAGCAGAGCUGUGGUUUAUUAACUCUGACUUUGCCCUCGAGUUUGCUCGGCCCCUGCUUCCCAACACUGUGUAUGUUGGAGGCUUACUGGCCAGACCUGUUAAACCAGUACCACAAGAAUUUGAGAAUUUCAUUGCCAAGUUUGGAGACUCUGGUUUUGUCCUUGUGGCCCUGGGCUCCAUGGUGAGCAUCUGCCAGUCCCAAGAAGCUGUCAGAGAGAUGAACAGUGCCUUUGCUCAUCUGUCUCAAGGGGUGAUAUGGAAGUGUAAUCCUUCUCAUUGGCCCAAAGAUGUCAAAUUGGCAGCAAAUGUGAAAAUUGUGGACUGGCUUCCUCAGAAUGACCUCUUGGCUCACCCACAGAUUCGUCUUUUUGUCACCCAUGGUGGAUUGAAUAGCAUAAUGGAAGCCAUCCAACAUGGUGUACCCAUGGUAGGGAUUCCUGUCCUUGGAGAACAGGCUGAAAACUUGAUCCGAGUAGAAGCCAAAAAGUUUGGUGUCUCUAUCCAGUUAAAGCAGGUUAAGGCAGAGACAUUGGCUCUGAAGAUGAAGGAAGUCAUAGAAGACAAGAGGUACAAGUCAGCAGCUGUGGCCGCCAGCAUCAUCAGGCGCUCCCACCCCCUGACUCCUGCCCAGAGGCUGGUGGGCUGGAUCGACCACAUCCUCCAGACAGGGGGUGCGGCACACCUCAAGCCCCGUGCCCUGCAGCAGCCAUGGCAUGAGCAGUACCUGCUGGACGUCGUCUUGUUCCUGCUGGUGGUCACCCUGGGCACCCUGUGGCUCUGUGGGAAGCUGCUGGGCAUGGUGGCCAGAUGGGUGUGUGGGUCCAGGAAGCUGAAGAAGGCCUGAUGGAGGUGCACCCAUGAGGGAUAUUCAGGGAGCCACUGGAUGUAGAAGGCUUUCCCCAGCACAGGACACCCCUGGUGUCUUCCCCAUAUUGGCACUUGAGGAUGGUGCAGAAAUAUCUCCUCACUGUUUCUGCCUCUGUUUGGAAAUUCUUAUGAAGUAAUCUUGGGAUUAUUUUUUCAAAUUGUGGUAAAAUAUAUAUUUUAUAGAACUUACUAUUUAGCCAUUAAUUGUACAGUCAGUGGCAUUGAACACACUGACAUUAUCAUGGAAACAUCAUCACCACCCAUUCCAGAACAGUUUUCGUCUUCCCAAACUCAAACUCCAUGCUGAUCAAAUAGUAAUUCCUCAUUUGCCUGCCCCCACCACCAGCCGCACACCCUGGCAACUCCUGUUCUACUUUCUGUGUCUAUGUUUGAUCUUGGUUUCUUGACUUGCCUCUCUUCAGUGGUCUCCUCCCUCAGACCCAAACCUUCAGCAGACAGCCCCACCAUCCUCUCUACUCCGUGUCUAGACAUAGGGCCAUGCCUACUUCAUCCUUGGUGUCUGACACCUCUCAGUUUCUCUUCCCUUUCUCCAUCCUCACAUUUCAUGAUAUGAUAUAAGAUCCUGGCCAGUAAUUCCAUGUUGGGUUUUCCUUUUGCAUCUCCUUUUCACCUCACCUCCAAGCUCAGGAAGUCUGGUCUCCACCCUAUAGCUAUGCAGGGAUGACCUUCCCAGGACUCCACCUGUGGUCUCUGUGCUGAGUGUCCUUCUGUGAGGAACAUCUCCUUUGCUGGUCAGACGUGGAGGCUGCUUUGAGUCACAGCUACUGCUGUGGUUUUCACUUCUCACAGUUCUCUUCUCAAGAUUGCCCCUCUUAAAAUAUAGUUAUGAAGACCUCACUUGAAGAUCCUGGACCUCCCUAUGAAUCCCUGGAACCUCAGGUCCCAUGAUAACAGCAGUUCCCAGGACUUUAUUGAUUUAGGAAACAUCUGUCUGCUCCCCAAAUAUGGCAUAGAAUAUCCCUCUACGUGUAGGAAUUGCAUUCAGUUCCUCACAAAAUACACCCAAAUAUGUGUGUCUUAACCACCAGGGUUUUUAUAUGUUUAGUGUUUGAUUCUCUGAAAAGGGCUGGUGUGGGGGCUCCAUGUGAUUGUUUGUAGCUCCCCCCUCUUUUUUUUUUUUUGACUUUUCUAUCUCCUUUACUAGACACCAGGCUCCCUCUCCAGUAGGUUCCUUGUCUAAUAUAUUUUACCUUCCUAUGAUUGUGCCAUCAUAUUUGCUUUUGUGUUUUCAUGUGAAAUUCAAUGUAUCCUUAAACAUUUCAAAUGUACAGUAUCUUGUAUAUGAAACACAGUGAAGAGAACAGUAGAUAUAUGGGAUGGCCCCAGACACCACAGGUUUUGAUUGCCUGAUUCAAAGUUGUGACCACAUGUUGAAAUAAUUCAAAUGGAUGAUGAAGCAGCCACUUCAAAUACUUCCUGCCAAAGUGAAAAGAGGUCCACCCUUGACAACGUUAGGAUAGGAUUUUCUGGGUAGAAUACAGAGCUGGUGCCAGGUGUCUACUGAAUUCUCUUGCUGCACAAUGUCACCUACAGCCACAAGCAUGCCCCAUGAGGACACGUGUGUGUGUGUGUGUGUGUGUGUGUGUAAUUCAAGGUCUUAUUUCUGCAAUUCUUAUGAAAUCUCUGAAAUUGGUCUCUGGUAAUUGUUCCUGAAAGGCAGACCUGAAGCUUUCUCUGUGUUGUUGUUAGAAUGAAUAACCAAGAUUUUUUCCCCUCAUGAGGCUGCCAGCUGAUGACUCCUGUUCCCACUCCCAUCAUGUCAUCCUCCCUGGAUACUUAUAACUCAGGGAGGCCAACUUUGUGCCUACUGCUUCCUAAGUUCCACUUCCAUCCAGGGAAUCUGAUCAAAGGCAGCCAGUGAGCUGAGUUGAUGUCUCUAGUCUUAUUCCAUCGAAACCUUCUUCACUGGGCAGACUGUCAGCAUGGCCUUGGUGGUGUGGACAUCUGAUCUCAUCAUUCCCUGGUUCAGAUCCUUUGUUGGCCCUCAUUGCAUGGAAUACAAGCCUCUGCAGUUAGUUUCUGCUGCCACUCCAAGUGUAUCUUGAAAACUCUGAAAUACAUCCACACAGACAUGUUCAGUUGAUUUAUGAAGAAGGUGCAAACACAAGUCAAUGGGAAAAAAAAAUCUCUUCAGCAGAUUAUACUGGAACAACUGAUAUCUGAAUGGCCUUUGAUUUUUACUUAAUGACAUAUACAAAAGGACAUUGACUGUCAGUGCAUACCAUACACAAAAAUGAACUCAAAGUGUAUCAUUGACCUAAAUGUAAACACUGAAGCUAUGGACUUUCUAGAAGUCAGUGUAGCACAGAUUUAUUAUUCAGAUCACACAAGCUCAAAUAAAAAAGAAAGACAUUUGAUAAACUGAAUUUUGUCAAAAUGAAAAACUUCCACUCUUAAGACAAAUAUAACCCAUCAACCAGGAGAAAAUAUUGCCAGCACAUUUCUCAAAGAACUUGUAUCUAGAAUAUCUAAACAAAUCUUACAACCAAUACAAAAAUGAACAAAAAGGUUUGAGCAGACACUUCUCAAAAGAAGAUAUGCAAAGGGCCAAUAAUCACAUGAAGAAUUACUGGACACAUCUGUCAUUAGAGAAGUGCAAAAUAAAACCACGGUAUCAUAAUGCACCUACUAGAACGAUUAAAAUUAAAAAGUCUGAUCAUAUGAAUAGUUAGCAAGAAGAUGGAACUGCUGGAGCUCAUACCCAUUCCAUUGCUGAGGGGAGCAGGAAAUGGUGCAGCCACAGAGCGAAAUCACUCCACAGCUUCUCAGUUCAGCACACACUUGCCACAUGACCCAGCUAUUCUACUUCGAGGUGUUUACUCAAGUUAAUGAGAGCCUAUGUCCACUUGGAAAUCUGUACACAAGUGUUCAUAACAGCUUUAUGUAUAAUGACCCCAGACUAAGAAAAAACUACAUGCCCAUCAAUACGUGAA